AUGUCGACCCGACGAUCAAUCAACAUUACUGUGAAUAAUCCAGGUCCUGCAUAUUCCUCAACCACAUCAUCGAGCGAAUACGACUCAUCACAGUUCACAUACCAGUACGGUCACGAAGACCGCGAUGACGAGGACGACGAGGAAGUGACAGACGACGAGUCCACCGAAGAAGACCAUUGGGAUGACCAAUACGACGAAAUAGACCCUUCGGAUUCUGCCUCAGCAACAGCAGACUACUAUCCUCGCCAUCAUCACGGACAUCCGCCACCAUUGCCUCCCCAAUCUCCUCACUCUCGCUCCCACAGUACCCAUAGCGCCCGGAGUCCCCGGCUGCUAGAACGCAGUGAAUCUGCAUCGCGCCGGCAUCUCGUUCCCGCAGGAAGACAGUCUUACUCUUAUCGCGCCCCGACGGCUCCUGGCCCCAUGGAGUCGGAAUACGGGGAAGAGUACGGAGGAUAUGGAGGGCGCGGCCAUGGACACCACUCACAACCGGGCUACUAUGGCCGUGGCGCCGCGGGACACAGUGCCUACGCCCCCAGCCAUGCUGGAUACGUGCCCAGCCAUUACAACCAGAUGGUACCAUAUGACGCCUACAACAACCCAUUCGCUCCCUCUCCCAUGAACGACACCCUCACCCGAACCAGACGCGGUGGUGGCGGCGGCGGCGAUGACUACUUCGGCGGCCACGGUGACCCGCGUGGUCAUAACCCGCGCGGCCAUCACUACGACAUGAUGCCCUACGGAGGAGGCGGCGUACCAGGUGGCACCGCCGGCGCUCUCGGCUACUACGGUGCCAACGGGGGCUUCGGCACUCCCGGGCCCAGCCACAUGGCCGGACUCAUGUUCCAGCCCCCUCCGCCACCACCCACCGAACACCCGGGCAAGCCGCCAACCCCAGCCCCGGAGAAGAAGCUCGAUCCAGAGAUGGAAGCUCUCAAGAAGCAGCUCGAAGAGUUCCAGCUGGAGAAGAAGCGCAAAGAAGAAGAGGAGAAGAACCGUGAGAUCGAGCGCAAGAUCCGCGAAAAGGCCGAGGAGGAGCUGCGCAAAAAGCAGGAAGAGGACCGCAAGCGCGCCGAAGAGGAGAAGAAGCGCCAGGCGGAGCAGAACGCCGAGAUGGAGCGCGCUGUGAAAGAGGCGCAGCGGGCGGCGGAGGAGAAGGCCGCUCAGGCGCGCAAGGAGGAGGAAGAACGACAAAGAAAACACGCCGAGGCGCUGGCUGAGGCUCAACGCAAAGCGAGAGCUGAGUUCGAGGCUGAGCUGAAGGCUGCCGAGGAAAGGCGCAAGCGCGAGGAGGAGCAGGCCAAGAUCGCUGCUGAGCUCGAGAAGCAGCGGAUCGAAGCGGCUGUAAGGGCCAAGGAGGAGGAACUCAAGAAGAAGCACGCCGAGGAGGAGCUGCAGCGGAUUGCCGCGGAGAAGAAGGCGGCGGAGGAGGCGGCGGAGCGGAAACGGCUGGAGGAUGAAGCCAAAGCGAGGCUGGACCGGGCGCUUAAGGAGACCGAGGAAAAGAUCGCUGCCGCCAUUCGGGCCGACCGAGAAAAAGCCGCCGAGGAGGCAGCCAAGAAGGCGGCCGAGGAGGCCGAGAAGGCGCGCAAGCAGAAGGAGUUUGAGGAGUGGCAGAAGCACCUCGAGGCCGAAGCCAAGCUGAAGGCGGAGAUCGAGGCCCGCGAGCGCAUGGAGAAGGAGAAGGCGGAAGUGGCGAAGCAGGCGGCUGCUGAGGAAGACCGCAAGAAGGCGGAGGAGGCACUGCGUAAGCGGCUCCUAGACGAGGCCGAGAACAAGGCCCGGGAAGCUGCCGAGAAGGCCAAGGCCGCUGAGGAGGAGAAGAAGGCUGCGGAGGAGGCGCUCAAGAAGAAGAUCCUUGCGGAGGAGGCCGCCAAGAAGGAGAAAGAGGACGAGGCUGAACUUAAGAAGGAUAAGGCCCCUAUCAGGUUUAAGGACGCUGUAGGCCGCAAGUUCAGCUUCCCCUUCGACUGUGGCAUGGAAGAAUUAAUCAAACAAGCCUUCCUCCACGUCGACGUCAUCGGCCCUCACGUCCAAGAAGGCCACUACGACCUGAUCGGUCCCGACGGCGAGGUCAUCCUCCCCUCCGUCUGGGAGCGCGUCAUCGAGCCCGACUGGCAAAUCACCAUGCAGAUGUGGCCCAUGGACAAAGCGCCCCUUCGCAGCCAGCCCGGUCCUCUCGGAGGAGGUCACGGCAUGGGCAUGGGCAUGGGCAUGGGCGGCGGCAAUGGUCUACCCCCUGGCUUUGGAGCCGGUGGCCCCGGCGGCGGCAUGGGAGGAGGUAUUCCUGGCCGUCCCAUGUUCCCUGGCGCUCCUCCCGCUUCUUCUCGUCUUCCCGAUGCUCACGGCGAUAGAAUGGCGCAUCACAUGUUCCCUGGUGGACAACCUGCUCGGCCUCCUAUGGGCAUGCCUCCUGGUUUUGGCGCCGGCGGCGGCGGCGGCGGCGGUCCUAUUCCGCCCCCGCCUCCGCCUGGCUGGCCCGGUAGUGGUGGCGGUGGUGGUAGACACGCCGCGCCGCCUCCGAGACCGGCGGCCAUUGUUGUGGAUGUCGAGCCCGAGGUUAGGCAGCAUAAGAGCAAGCAUUCGAGCAGCCAUAGCAGGAAGGAGACCAAGGCGAGCGUGCUGGGGUGGAUGGCGGGCGGGAAGCCGGUCAAGAGUAGUAGUAGUAAGAAAAAGAAGCACUAA